AUGGCCUAUUGCUACCUUAGAAGUAUGGCAACCAAAUAUGUCUCUAGUUUAUGUUGGAAAAAGUUCCUUAACUUGGUCUUCGUCUUAUUUCUACUAACACCCGCCGUAGUAAACUUCUGGCGAGGAACAUGGUAUUUGUUCGACCUUUUCCUUUUUCCUGGUGACGCAGUUGUCAGUGCCAUAGUUGGGGCCACUGCGAGUUUCGGAGUGAUUUUCAUGAUAACAGCAAUAGAGGAUCAUUUAAAGAAAUUUCUAAACGGUGCGAAAGCGAAAAAUGCAUUGUUUCGCGUUCUUAUUUACCUUCUGUCGAUCUUGUGCGUCGCUUCAUGGAGAGGUCUGUGGAUGAUAGUGGAUUAUUACACUACUAAUUCUUCUACAAGCGCCGGUGUUUCCCAUGGAAUUGGAUUCUUUAUUGUUUUGAUGUUGAACACGCAGAGAUCUAUAAUCGCUGUUCCAGGUUACUGCGUGAGUGAGAGACAGACUGAACCAUCAGAAGUAAUUCUUACCGUUAAGCAUUGUUUAAGAAGCAAGACAGCAUGUUACUCACGGAUAUGGAAUAGUUUUGUGACCGUCUUUAUUAAUAGUGCGGGUGUUAUAGUGUAUUGGAGGGGGACAUGGAUAAUCGUGGCUAGUGUGACCUGGCCAUGUGGGUCGAAAUUUAAAUCUUCAGUCCUUGCUUUAGGCCUGGGGUAUGCUGUUUUCAUUGCAUGCUAUUUCAUGAGCGAGUACUUGUUGUCCUCUGAAUUAUACAUGGCACAUGUCUUGUUGCUGCGGGCUAUGCAGACGGUUGUGGAGAAAAGCUUCGUUUACCUACUGGGGUUUGGAGUUGUGGCUUCAUGGCAGGGCAUAUGGCACUUGAUGGAUGUAAACCUUUUACCAGAUCAGCCUAUAGUCAGUGCCUUGGUAGGGCAUUUCGUUGCUGCUGGUGUCCUCUUUCUCUUUCAAGGAAGUCUUAACCUACUUAGUGCUCCUGCCACCUGUGCAAUUUCUGACGAGCUAAUGCUUCAUGGGUUUCAUAUGGGGAACUUUUUAAAAAUAAGGUCUGAAAGCUGUAAAGCUGGUGAAAACUAUUCACUAGAGUACCAUCUUCCUGAAGAAAAUGUGAAUUCUAGCCAUGCUGAGAUUUUGUAUAUGAGUACUAUAUAUAAAAGUAACUAACUGCCAAUUUUGUAACUGUCAGUAAAUUGAUAAAUAUUUACUUAGUUCAAAAUG